AGCACUCUUAAUCAAGAAAAACGCUGAUGGAAUCAAGAAAAACUCUUAAUCAGUAUAUGCGUUCACCCUGAGCAUUAUAUAGCGGACCCAAAAAUCUGUGCAGUCAUUUGGAAGAAGUGACCAAAAGUCUGUCAGUUUUAGUAAUAUAGCGUUGAUUAUUUUUGUCGACAGAUCAUUUUCUCUCCAGAUCCAAAACACUCUUUAAUCAUUAGUUUAUCCCCAUGAUGAUUCCUCUACUCCCCACCGCGUCGAGCUUCCUCACCCACUGGAAUAUCGCAUCAGUUUAUUGUGUUCAAUCAUCAAUUUUGCUAAUUGAGAGGGAGUUGCAAGACUUUUAAGGCUGCAUUUCAGUUUGCGCGACGUUGGGUUUUUUUUUUCCGCUUUUAGAUUUGUUCUGUGCAGCUUAUGUGCUUGUCUUGAUUGGGGUUGACGGUGUUGAAUCAUAGUUCGUGAUGAUUGGUGUUGUAUGCAUAUGGAAUUGGUAGGAGUAAGUUCGUCUUUGGGAUUAGCUUCUAUGAAUGCAUAUGCUUACGAUUAUUGGAACACGAAGGACAUCUGCUCCGCGUAUGCAGAAUGUUGUGAGACAGAGUUUUGUGUAGGUCUUGAAACCUGAUUUCUAUGUUGGACGCUAUAGAGGGAAUUUAACUUGAAUAAGAGAGCCAUGACUCCUGUUUCGACUAAAGAAUGGCCUAAAACUGCCUAUCCGAAGACCCUUUUAUAUAUUGUUGCCUUAUUUGGGGGGCUUGCCGUAUUCUUACUGCUUGCUUCAACCCUCUUGGUCUCACAACCCAUUGGUGAUUCAGAAUCCUCCAUCAGUUAUUCAGUUUCUGACUCAAGUCGCAUUGACAUUGCCAAUCCAUUUCUAGGCAGAGAGAAAUCAAAUUCAACGUUUUUGGAAGGUCAUAUAAAUGAAGUUAUGUCUCAGUAUGAUGGUACUAAAUAUGCUGAAUCUGGUAAAGGUUAUGGCGAGGGAAGUGUGGUUGAAAAGAACGGGUCUGCCGAACCUCAGGAUAAGAGUGGAACAUCAUAUUCAGGACAAGCAGAAUACGAGAAGUUGAAGGACCAUCUUCCACAUUCUAAUGUAACACAAGAAGAGAACGGCAAUAGAAUUUCUUCACAUAAUACUGCAUUUGAGGGGAAUACAUCAGUCUCCUCCAAUGAUGUGCCAAUAGAAUUAACAAAUACUCUGGAGUCUUCCUCUGCUACCACCAACCUGAGUCAAGCAAACGUCGUUGAUUCAGAAUGUGAUCUUUACCAUGGAAAAUGGAUUUAUGACUCAACUGGACCAUUGUACCCGCAUGACUCCUGCCCCGUGCUCACUCAGAUGCAGAACUGUCAGGCGAAUGGAAGACCAGACAAGGAUUACGAGAAUUGGAGAUGGAAACCAUCCCAGUGUGACCUCCCUAGAUUUGAUGCUAAGAAGUUCUUGGAGCUAAUGCGAGGAAAAACAUUAGCUUUUAUUGGUGAUUCAGUUGCAAGAAAUCAGAUGGAAUCAUUGUUGUGUAUUCUGUGGCAGGUUGAGGUACCCAAAAACAGAGGUAAUCGAAGAAUGCAACGUUACUAUUUCAGAUCUACGUCGACAAUGAUUGUUCGCAUAUGGUCCUCCUGGCUUGUUCAUCAAAUCUCCGAACCAUUUGACUUUGCUCCUGCUGGUGUGGCUAAGCUCCACCUUGAUGCCCCUGAUGAGGGCUUCAUGGAAUAUAUCACAGGUUUUGACGUGAUUGUCCUCUCUUCUGGCCACUGGUUCGCCAAGCAGUCGGUAUACAUAUUGAACAAUGAGAUUGUAGGAGGACAAUUGUGGUGGCCAGACAAUUCAAGAAAGAAGAAGAUUGACAGCGUUCAGGCUUUUGGAGUUUCUGUAGAGACAAUUCUUACUGCCAUCGGCACACAUCCAAAUUACACUGGUCUUACCAUCGUUCGCAGCUUUUCACCAGAUCAUUAUGAGGGUGGUGCAUGGAACACUGGAGGAUCAUGCACUGGAAAGGUAAGGCCUGCCUCGGAAGGUGAAUUAGUUGAAAAUAGGUUUACCAAGAUAAUGCAUGAGAAACAGGUGAAGGGAUUUCAUCGUGCAAUUACUAAAAAAACAAACAAAUCAAAAAUGAAAUUGAUGGAUAUCACAGAAGCCUUUUCAUAUCGCCACGACGGGCAUCCAGGUCCUUAUCGAAGUCCUGAUCCUAAUAAGAUUACUAAGAGAGGCCCAGAUGGUCGGCCCCCACCACAGGAUUGCUUGCACUGGUGCAUGCCAGGUCCAGUUGAUACAUGGAAUGAGCUGAUACUUGAAAUUAUAAGAAGAGAAUUCCAUGACAGGCAGAACACGUCUUGAGUGUUACUGAAGAUUGUUUUAGCUAAAGAUAACUCCGUUCUCUGGGUAGAUAUUUAUCCCUUUUUCCUUGACGAAUACUUUGAAUUUAGAGAAGAUACUGUAACUUAUGGCCAAAACAAGGCCCAGCGAGUGCUCUUGUACCACUAAUUGUAAACGUAUUCUUUUGCUCAAAUCUAACAGCUACCGGCAUUCAUUUUUCUUCA